AUUUUGCAGGGAGAGAGAGAGAGAGAGAGAGCGAGAGAGAGAGAGAGAGAGAACGAGAGAGAGUGAGUGAGAGAACGAGAGAGAGAGAGUGAGAGAGCGAGAGAGAGAGACAGAGAGACAGAGAGAGAGGUCUGUUGACAGCAGAAGGAAAUCAAUCACACCCAGGCCCCUGAUAAGUUUUGACACGUUUUACUUUCUUAUUGAAUCUGCAUUCUGUUAUUUGGACCUAACGGGAACAAUCAAGGUAUGGAAUAUGGCAGCAACUGAAACGCAGCUUAUGUUAAGCGUCGGAUUAAUCGAGAAAGAUGUGAAUGGAGACACACUGUGGGUAUGGUGCUAUCCCUCUGUGGGCUCAGACCUGAGGCCACUCCUGCUCAGCAAGUGCUGUCUGACACAGGACAGCCGGGAUUUCCACACCUUUGUGUUUGGUCAGUUCUGUCGCAUCUGGUACUACAUUACCACAGCGGAGGUGCAGGAACCUACAGCACUAAACAAGGUCACUCAUUUUUCAAUAGUAGUUACAGCAAAAGACUUCAACCCUGAGAAGUAUGCUGCACUUAGUAGAAUACUCUGCAGGAUGUACACCAAACAUGGCAGUCCAGUGAGGAUGAUGGAGGCGUAUGUCACCGUCCUCACCAAAGGAAUUUGCCAGAGUGAUGAAAACGGCUCAUUUCUAAUUAAGGAUUAUGAUGUUCGGAAGGCGUACUUGGCGGGUUCGGUUAAAGAUGUUGUGUCUCAGUUUGGUAUGGAGACCAUCAUCCUGUAUACCGCUCUCAUGUUGAAGAAGAGGAUCAUUGUCCAUCACCCUCGGAUUGAAGCACUGUUGGAGUUUACAAGAGUUCUCCCGACCCUGACAUGGCACAGGAAAGACUGGUCCAUCCUGCACCCGUAUGUACACCUGACUGAUACUGAGCUAGAGGAUCUCAAGAAAUGCCCUGGAUAUGUAGCAGGAUUUGUAGAUCCGGAAGUAAGCAACAGAUCCGACUUGUUUGAUGUGUACGUGAACCUCCCAGACAGUGUCAUCACAGUAUCCCAGAGUGCUAAAGAGGCCAUGGCUAUGGGGAAGUUGCACAAGGACAUUGGCCAUCUCAUUGUCCAGUCUGCAGAGGAUCCUGAGAGGUCAGAUAGCCAGGUCAUUAAGGAUAUUUCUCUCAAGACUAAAGAGAUCCUUGCCAACUUGGUGGCCCUGGCUGAGGAGUGUGAAGACUCUAAAAUCACAUUGGAAGGUUUAAAGCAGCGUCACUUCCCCCCGGCGACGGAGAACUUCCUCUUUCAUUUGGCAGCUGCCGAGCAGCUCUUACGGAUAUAGACCUGUUACCAGACACCGUGCUGCAGGAUGACGUUACGGUCAGCGGCGUGCUGUUGUGUUUGUUGGGAUAAUUACUGUUGUCUGAAAGGCUUCUGCACAUUCUCACUGUUAUCAUUAGUGUGUGCACAAGCCAUUGUUCUCCCAGUAAUCUCCAUGUGAGGUAGGAAGGUGCCCCCAGCACUGUUGUGCUCAUAUGUGACAUAAGCGACGUCAGGAUGUUUUACAUUAUAGCAUGACAGGAUAAACCCAGGUUUGGCUAUGGAAGGGAUCAUGUAGAGCGAGCGGGCCAAACUGCAAAGUAAAGCCCGGCAGGGUGAUGCAGGACCCAACGUGAAAGGGUUUAAACUGUAAAAGUUGACCCGCUCACUCUACAUUAUCCCACUUAUUACAAGACUACUAAUUUUGACCCACAAUUUUGAUUUAAAACAUUUUUAUUGAUUUAAAAAUGGCCCUGGAGAGUCUAUGAUCUCGACUGCGUCUGUAGCAGCUGUCUGCUAUCCAGAAAUGACAGGCUGUAGAAUGGCCUAAUUGACCAAUCAGAAUUGUGUAUUCAUUGCCAAAUAAUCCCAUGAAAAGACUAAAACCAAC